AUGGCUGAAGUCGGCCUCAUAGGAACAAUCGUAGGCAUAGCCAGCGCGGGCAUCAAACUGUCCAUAACUCUGUACUCAUUCUCUGAGACUGUAUCAACCGCACAUGUGGAGAUCAAAAACAUUGCAAGAGAUGUCUCUCUCACCUCUGCCGUGCUCGAGGAACUCGGUGCCAGUCUCAAACAAGAUGAGCAGGCAAAAUUGUACUCGGGCUCCGCUCUAAGCACCGCAAAGGAGGUCGUCAAGGAAUGUGAGGGCAUCUUCAACGACAUCAAUUCAGUCAUGGGCAAGGCUAUUGACAGCGCUUCGAAACGAGGAACGAAGAAGGGCAAGUUGGCUUUGUCAGCCAUGGAAAAGUUGAAGUGGCCAUUCCUGCAGCCUAAAAUGGAAAUGUUGAGGGGUAAUCUGGAGAGGCUGAAAAGCACGCUGGUACUGAUGUUGAAUGUGCUAACUUAUGCUAGAGACUUGAGAGCUGAGAAGAGAGAACCGCCGAAGGAAGACAACAGUUACCAGAAAAUGCUUUUGGAAAGUCUUUUGCGUGCGAACCAAGAAGCAACGAGGAAUUAUGAAGUUCUUUUGGAGACCAUCGGCCCUCAGGCUGAUGAGCAAGAGCAGCAUGGUCAGAGUCGGUCCUUGGAAUCUGGGGCUUCAACCUUGAGAGAUGAAGCCAACUCAAGCAAAACGCCGUUCAUCUCCCUCGCCAAAUCGAGCAAUUUAGAUGAGAACUUGAAUUCACCUCGCGUCGUGGAAGGUAAUGCUACACAGGAGUCCGAGAUCGAAUCAACAAUCAAGGCCUGCAUUACCGACAUCGAGAACGCGCUUGUAAAGUUCGAGCAAUCACACAUCACGAUGCAAGCACAGCCGCAGAUCACUGUCCAAAUCGAAGUUCAGAAGGAUAACAUCACUGCUGAUCGAGAUGUUCAAGGUCUUUUCAAUCCUUGGAAGUUUAUUUCGAUCACCCAAAAGCGAGAAAUAGCAUGGGCUUCGACGGCAGAUGGGUCCUCGCCAGGCACUUCAUCUUUUGGCUUUGGCACUGCUCCUGUCAGCUUGCCAGUGAUCAACCACUCAUCUAGUUCAAUAAACAAAACCGGGCAUCCCUCCAGCGAUGCAAGGACAGCUGCACUCAAGACCGAACGUGAGGAAGUGACCAGCAUAAUCAACGAGAACAUAAGGCGUGUGAUCGAAAUGGGAGAGCGAUUAGACUCUCAGAAUCUCCUCCUGCAGGAUAACCCCGAAAGCCUUGCAGUCCAGGCUGAAGCUUUCCGCAGAAGUGCAAGAAGGAUACGGACCGGAAGACCGUGGUAUGCCACAGCUUGGAAUUCUCUUCCCUUAGCUAGCGAUAUUUUCAGUCCGAUCCAGCGUUCCCUACCUUCACCAACCACAAUCAUGGCAUACUUCCGGCAGACACUCCAGAAUACGAGGAAUUUUACGGAUAUUAGAAACGAUGCACUUACGCUUCGAGAAAUGCCGGCCGGGCGUCUAUCGACCAAAGCAACCUUCGCCGAGACGCGGCUUCUUCAAGAUGCAGCGGAAGCCAAGGAGAGAGAGCUUGCCCUGCAGCGAAAAGCACAGGUGAUGACCCAAGUUCAGGAAGCUUACCAACCGUUCUCGCCAGGUUCUGAUUGCGAAGGAGAUGGAAACGAUGGAGAUAACGAAGAUGAUGAGAGAGAUUCGGUACACCAGUUGCUCACGAAAUGGACGACGCUGUUUGAUCAGUGA